ACCAGCAAAACACAAAAAACUUCUCUUAGCAACCCAACUCUCAGCCCAGCUCCUGACACCAUGGCCUGCUGCUCCACUAGCUUCUGUGGAUUUCCCACCUGCUCCACCAGCGGGAACUGUGGCUCCAGCUGCUGCCAGCCCAACUGCUGCCAGAACAGCUGCUGCCAGCCCAGCUGCUGCCAGCCCAGCUGCUGCCAGAACAGCUGCUGCCAGCCCAGCUGCUGCCAGAACAGCUGCUGCGGGACCGGCUGUGGCACUGGUGGCGGCCAGGAGGGUGGCUGCGGAGCCGUGAGCUGCCGCGUCAGGUGGUGCCGCCCUGACUGCCGCGUGGAGGACACCUGCCUGCCCCCCUGCUGUGUGGUGAGCUGCAUACCCCCCACCUGCUGCCAGCUGCACCACGCCCAGGCCUCCUGCUGCCGCCCGUCCUACUGUGGACAGUCCUGCUGCCGCCCUGCCUGCUGCUGCUACUGCUGCCAGCCCAGCUGCUGCCAGCCCACCUGCUGUGAGCCCACCUGUUAAAAGCAAGGUUGCUGAUUUUCAAGUUGAAGUUUCAACUUCCAAAUCAAUUCAUGAGCUAAUUCUUUCCUCCACCACGCCUGGACCACUAACAAAUUCUUGAACUGUUAUUUGUUUUUUGUGGUGGGGGCUAUUUAGGCCUCACAGAUCUAUCUGAUUCCAUUCAAUUCUGGAAAGACUUUGAUCUCUCCCAGGAAGGCCGCCAAAAUACAAAUUUGACUCAAGAAAUGGGACAACCAAUUUGCUUUCAGGACACAUUUGAAUCUACUCUCUGUGAUUCUGCCACCAACGCCACGGAAGAACCAUCUGUCCUCAGAUAUGUUCACCUCCUAUACUCCACCAUCCUGCAAACUGCACUUUUUAUGAAAGGGGAAUAAUAUACCAAGGUCUAUUAAACUAUAUCUAUUUGGUGCAGCAAA